CCGACUCCAAGUUCUACAGCUCUGGUGCGAUACUCGAAAGCCUCUGCAUCGUCGGUUGUACGCGUCUCUCGAGAUUAUCUGGCAGCUCAACUAGAUUGGUCGCGCUCGGACACACGUUUCGGUCGCAAAACCGAGCCUAGACCUGUGUACCGUCACGUCCGUCACAGGUCAUCAGGACAGCGCUCGGUCAAGCCUACCAAGUUCCCCCUCCCGCCUUCCUUCACCAUGCCCCUCGAUCGAUCGAAGGUGCUCGUGUUCGGUGCAGGCAACUUCGGUAGCUGUCUAGCUGACCACCUCGCGGACUCAUCUCACAACGUGUUUCUGUGGUCCCGCGACGAGAAUGCCGUCCGCCAAAUUAAUGAAACUCACCGCAGCGAUGUGUUCAAAGACCAUGUGUUCCCGGACAUGGUCAAGGCCGUUGGCCCAGAGUUCCCGUCGAAAGAACUAAUCAGAAGUGUCGAUGUCCUCCUCUUUGCUAUUCCCACCGAGGGGGUGAGAGAAACGCUCACCAAUCUCAGACCAUUACUGGACGAGAAGGGCCUUCCGUUUUUAAUAUUUGUCAACAAAGGAAUUGAGAUUGCAACCAAUUCCCUGACGCUGGAAAUCAUCGCCGACGCAUGCGGUCCUGCAAUUGCGAACGUAGCAACAUUUAUCUCGGGGCCAUCAUUUGCCAAAGAGAUCAUCAAAAGACAGCCAACAUCCGUUUCUAUCGCGUCUCUAUCCACCGAGCACGCGCAAAAGGCAUCGGAGUUGUUCCAUCAGCCCUGGUUCCGUUGUUACACAGGAGAUGAUCCCAUUGGCGUCGAGUUGGCUGGUGCGCUCAAGAACGUUUAUGCCAUCGCUUCGGGCAUGGCGGAUGGCCUUGGGUUCGAGAACAAUACGAGAGCCAUGUUGAUCACGCGUGGUCUCUCAGAGAUGACCAGGAUAGGAACGACCUAUGGCGCAUCGCCGCUGACAUUCCUGAGCCUCGCUGGGGUCGGCGAUCUCUUUUUGACAUGCAGCUCGUCCACGAGUAGGAACUACACCGUGGGACAUCGUCUGGGGAAGGGCGAGAAAUUGGAUCAUAUCAUCAAGACGUUGGGCAGUGUGGCAGAAGGUGUUACGACGGCGAAAGCAUUAUAUACGCUGAUCAGUCGAUUGGGUGUAAAUGCGCCGAUUGCCACUGGGAUUUAUGAGGUGCUCUACGAAGACGCAGAUGUCGCGGAAAAGGCAAAGUGGCUGAUGUCUCUGCCUCCGGUGCGCGAGCUGGACUUGCCGGAGGCGACCGGGAAGCCUGCUCGGCAGCUGCUGAGGAAGCUGGAGCUCCCCAAGUAGAGCAGUGUAGAGUGCACGAAAUAUAGAUCUGCAUGUUGUGCCCGUAGCGAGCUCGUGCGAUGAGGCUGCGUCGGGCGCGGACGGUCUGACGCGGACGGAUCGGAAGCAUUGUCCGAAGUCGGAGGCCGGAACGAGGACAC